AUGCUCACGGAUGACUUGCAGAAGCAGUUGGCUCAUCGACUCGGAGUCCUUACAGCCAAACCGGAAUCAUCAACUCUGCAUGUUCACCCCCUCUGCAAUUUCAACAAAGAUGAGGAUAAAAACAUCAAUAGCGUGACCACCGAUCGAUCGAAGAACCCCGCGGAGAACCGACACAAAAUCCAAGCAAGCAGACGCCACGGUGUGCGAGGUAACUGGCAUAUGGACCUUGGUUAUGAGCCGAAUCCAAGCGAUUACACCAUUUUGAAACUGAUCGAGCUGCCCGAAUCGGGAGGAGGCACGAUGUUUGCAUCCUCUUGCGAGAUUUAUGAUCGUAUUUCACCCGCCUACCGGCAGUUCCUGGAAGGUCUCACCAUUACCUGCUCACAGGGAAACUACCACAAGAUUUUGGCAGAAAAAGGAUUUGAGCCAUACUCUGCACCCCGUGGAUCGCCGAACAAUGUUGGCGCACGUUUCGAGGCAGUCCAUCCGAUGGUUCGCACCAACCCUGUCACAGGCUGGAAGAGCCUUUGCAGUGUUGGUCAUCAUUUUUCCCAUGUCAACGAGCUAACGGCAACCGAAAGCACACGUCUACACGACUGGCUUUUACAGAUACUGGUUGAGAGUGACGACUGUCAGUUGAGACACCGCUGGUGUAACUCUUACGACAUUGCAAUAUGGGAUAAUCGAUCGGUAUUUCAUAGAGCGGUUGUUGAUUUUGAGGGUAUUCGCACGGCGCGUCGCGCGGUGGGAAUAGGCGAGAGGCCUUAUUUUGACCCCAACAGCAAAACCCGGCGCGAGGCUAUUGCGGAGGAGGAAUGUGGAGAACCCUAA